GUUGUUGCUGCCAAUAGUUGGGACAUGACAAUGCGAUAGCACAUUGAGAAGAUAGAUGUCAGUUCACUAAAAAAUCGAACAGCAUACGAGUGAUUCCAUAUGCUGCUGCCAGAUCUCAAACCAUUGAUAGACAGCAUUUGGGAGGUGAACUGGCAGGAUUCUGCUUGUCUGCCAUGCAAAUGAAGCUGUGUCUUGCACAUGAUCUGUAUAAGUACUCCUCAGCACAAGGCUAGACACACCAAACGAAACUUUCAUUUCCUUCUCAUCUUCUUGGCCUCAACACAGAAAUACAGACCUUUAGCAACAGGCAUGGCUUUCCACCAAAGAUCAAUUAGCUUGCCUUCUAGGCCUCUCUCCAAAGUUGAAGAGGAGCUGCACAGCCUAGAAGCAUGCGUCUCAUCACCGUCCAUGACCAUCGAGAUGAUUUCUGAUGUUUUGAGGAGGCUUGAUGACAUCUACAACUCCAUUGAGCAGAUCAUGUGCCUGCCUAGCAACCAAAUUUGCUCAUCCCAGCAGAGGAAGUUGUUGGAUGGAGAGAUGGAAUGCUCCCUCGAGCUACUGGAUAUCUGCAAUGCUAUGAGUGAGGUCUUCACUGAGUUGAAGGCCAUCAUCCAAGAUCUGCAAGUGUCUCUCAGAAAAGGAGAUAAUGCAGUUGCCAAGAUCCAUUCAUACAUCCGCUUGGUGAAGAAGGCAAAGAAACAUUUCAAGAAGACUGUGAAGGUAGCCUCAGACAAGGAAGACUGCAAGAUUGUAAAGCGGUUGAGCAAGGCUAGAGAGAUCACUACCUCUCUCCUCGAGUCAACAAUGCACCUCUUGUCGAAGCAAAUCCAGAUGCCAAAAUUGUCUCUCAUCUCCAAGGCAUUCCAGAAGAAAAACCCAGUGAUUUGCAAUGAGGAACAGUUGCAGGUGUUAAGAGUGCUGCAUCGGAGAUCUUGAGGCUGGGGCUGGACUUGUGUUCAGGAGAUUGGUCCAGAGCAGGGUUACUCUCCUGAACAUUCUUAGCUCAUAGACGCUCCUCAAAAUCUGACACUCUUUAAGACCGUGCGAUUGGCAUCCACCUUUUAAAGGAUUUGCUAAUCCUUCCCAUUUGUAUAUAUCAUAGACUUACUGUACAGAAAAGAAAAGAUACAUGAAAGAGACAGUUUUGAUCUAGUUCUUUCCAUGUGCUUUGUCCUCACAUAUCUCUGAUAUACAUGAUGUGAUUAUGCAAGUGAUAUUAGUAUUAAUGCCUUUGUGUGAUGAAUAUACAUACAACCAAGCACAUGAAUUAUGAAAUAUAUAUACCAUGUUAGCUUUCCUAUUCUUUCCUCAAUCAAACCAACCCUUCUCUUCUCCACAGGCACUCAAUCCCUAUUUGAGACAGCAAGAAAUUACUUUCAAAUUGAUCUGUGAUGUGCCAUAGGGCUAUGAAAAUGGCCAUGUGAGUCAUGACACUCUGAUUCCAUUUGCUGCCUCGGUAGCAAGCAAAGGAUUCUUGUGCAGUGGAUCUUGCUACCACAGCUGCAACAGGCCAGCUCCCAUACACAAGGUUGAGAGUGCAAGCGGCAUUGAUUGCAAAUGAUAGAACACAUAUUGAAAUUAACAAGAGAACAAAAAAUUAAAAAAAAA